UAGGACUUUUCCAGCCCUGCCAACUAAUGCUGCAUAAUAUUCUCCAAAUAUUUCAGAAUAAUCAUUGUUUCUGUCAUUAGAGAGCAUUGAAGAUUGAACUUUUCAGCUGAAGACACACUGAAUAUGGGGGAUUCAAAUACUCCGAUGACUUCCCUCUCUUUUUCUGUUAUUGCCCGUAGUUUUCUUGCUGGAGGAGUUGCUGGAAUGUGUGCCAAAUCAACAGUUGCACCACUGGACAGAAUCAAGAUCCUUCUUCAAGCUCACAAUACACAUUAUAGAAAUCAUGGGGUUAUUUCUGGCCUUGCUGCAAUCGUGAGAAAAGAAUCCGGCUGGGCUCUGUACAAAGGCAACGGAGCUCAGAUGGUCAGAGUUUUCCCUUAUGCUGCCACUCAAUUUGCUUCAUUUGAGGUGUACAAAAAGCAUUUAAACCGACUGUUCCCGAGUGGAGGAAGACUGGUGUCUGGUUUGUCAGGCUCCCUGGCUGGCGUGACUGCUGUGUUCUUGACUUAUCCUCUAGACACUGUCAGAGCACGACUGGCUUUUCAAGUGGAAAAGAAGUACCUCGGCAUCUUCCAUGCAUUCGCUACUAUUGUGAAAGAGGAAGGUGGCGUUCGAGCUCUGUACAGAGGUUUCACUCCCACAGUCUGUGGGAUGAUCCCGUACGCUGGUCUCAGUUUUUCCUGCUUUGAACAAAUUAAAUAUUUGUGUAUGGUCUAUCUGCCAUCCAUAACUUGUAAGCCGUGUGAUCACAACACAGGUGGUCUAAUGCUGGCUGUACCGGCCAAGCUGUUGGCUGGUGGCGUCGCUGGUUCAGUCGCUCAGAGCUUCAGUUAUCCUUUCGACGUCACCAGGAGACGCAUGCAACUUGCUUAUAUGAGCAAGGAGACGCAGCAUUAUGGGACGAGCAUGUGGUUGACGUUGAAGCUGAUUUACCAAACGGACGGCAUCGUACGGGGCCUGUACAGGGGCAUGAGUAUCAAUUACCUGCGCGCCGUGCCCAUGGUGGCUGUGAGCUUCAGCGUCUACGAGCUCAGCAAGCAAGUGUUGGGUCUCGACACGGGCCUGGCUAUCAAGACGGGCUAGUGGUAGUUACUGGCCUGGCUAUCAAGACGGGCUAGUGGUAGUUACUGGCCUGGCUAUCAAGACGGGCUAGUGGUAGUUUCUGGCCUGGUCAUAAAGACGGGCUAGCGACGAUGAUAGGCACCUUUUCCUGGAUUAUUAAAAUGUAAUUUUUUAAUCGACUUUGGCAACAUAGAUUACUAAAGGUGGAUUGUACUUACAUUUCUAUCAUUAUAAUUACGCUAAGCUGAUGUCGACAAAAUUAAAUUUGAUGUUAUAACCGAAGUGUCUUGGCCGUGUUCCCCAGCGAAAAUCAGGAAUGCUGAUCGAUUUUCAUGUUGCCUGUUUAUCCGACUUCGUAUUCUUCAAAGUUGAUUGGAUUAAUUGUCGAUUCCAAAAUUCUUCUUACGAUUCUUAGUUAUGCACUUAAUAUGGGUAGACGUGGGAUCAAUGGUAAAUUUUAGCAUUUAGUUUUUAAAUGAAUUGUAUACAUGAUGUUUCUUUCAUGCUCUGCACCCAUUACUUCGGGUUAGAAAGUUGGUUGCACGGGACGCUGGUGUUC